AUGACGCUUCACGCCGCGGUAAUCCAGAAGCUACUGAACACCGGAGCACAUCUCGGCCGUCGCGCCGCCGAGCAUCAUUUUAAGCAAUACGCUUACGGGACUCGUAAUGGAAUGACAAUCAUCGACGCCGAUAAAACCCUAAUCUGUCUCCGUAGCGCCGCUCAUUUCGUCGCUAACUUAGCUCACAUGAGAGGUAACAUCUUCUUCGUCAACACGAAUCCACUCUUCGACGAAAUCAUCGAGCUCACUUCUCGUCGGAUCCAAGGUGAUGCUUAUAAUCAUAACCGUGCGAUGAAUCUGUGGAAGAUGGGUGGGUUUUUGACUAACAGUUACAGUCCUAAGAAGUUUCGAUCUAGGCAUAAAAAGCUUUGCUUUGGUCCAACUACUAUGCCUGAUUGUGUUGUUGUGUUUGAUACUGAGAGGAAAAGCUCUGUGAUACUUGAGGCUUCGAAGCUUCAGAUUCCUGUUGUUGCAAUUGUGGAUCCGACUGUGCCAUUGGAGUACUUUGAGAAGAUUACUUAUCCUGUGCCUGCUCGUGAUUCGGUCAAGUUUGUGUAUUUGUUCUGUAAUGUGAUUACUAAGUGCUUUGUGGCGGAACAGAUGAAGUUGGGGAUUAAAGAUGAGAGUAAGGAAGAUAUGGUGAAGGAUUUAGCUGCAUGA